AUGGUGCACAAACCAUUGAUCUAUGCAUUUGUAUCUCGUGGGGAAGUUAUAUUAGCAGAGUACACUGAAUUCAGUGGGAAUUUCAAUUCCAUAGCUUUUCAAUGCCUCCAAAAGCUUCCUUCUUCCAAUAACAAGUUCACUUACAACUGUGAUGGCCACACCUUCAAUUACCUUGUUGACAAUGGCUACACAUAUUGUGUUGUUGCAGAUGAGUCAGUAGGAAGGCAAUUACCUAUUGCUUUUUUGGAGCGUAUCAAGGAUGAUUUUGUGUCAAAAUAUGGUAGUGGAAAGGCUGCUACAGCUCCUGCCAACAGUCUGAAUUUUGGACCAAAAAUAAAAGAACAUAUGCAGUACUGCGUUGAGCAUCCUGAAGAAAUAAGCAAGCUUGCAAAGGUUAAAGCUCAAGUUUCAGAAGUCAAAGGUGUUAUGAUGGAGAACAUUGAAAAGGUGUUAGAUAGAGGGGAGAAGAUAGAACUGCUAGUGGAUAAGACUGAGAAUCUUCAUCAACAGGCUCAAGACUUUCGAAGCACUGGAACGAAAAUACGAAGAAAAAUGUGGCUACAAAACAUGAAGAUCAAGCUGAUUGUUCUAGGAAUACUGAUUGCCUUGAUCCUCAUCAUUGUCCUCUCUGUUUGCCAUGGUUUCAACUGUGGAAAAUGAGCACUGUUCUUGAAUAGGGUUAUUAGUUUUCACCAGAGCUCUUGUGAUAAUAUUGUGAGGAAAAGAUCAAAAUAUAUAUAAUGACUUCUAUGUCAUAAAAGAUUAGCAAUCACUAGAUGUUUGGUGCAAGUUAUUUUUGAAUGUGAACAAAUCCUAUAAGUUUUUAUUGCGUUACAUGGAUAUGCUUUUUG